AUGGCCUCAUUUGGAAAAUGUGACAAGAGUAGACAUCGAAUUGGUAAUGAGACUAUCAAAAAAUCUGGUCCUGGUCCCAGACACGGUCACACGGUCAGUCUACCUGUCACUGCAUCUGAUCUUCAGGUCAGCAGUCAACCUCAUGCCUUUUCCAGGCCAGUUCCUGGCUCUAAGCAGUGCAGUCUCUCUCUUUGCUUGUUGCCAGUGUCUUCUGCAGCUCUGUGA